AUGAAGCAGGCAAGGCAAAUAGUGAUAGAAAAUAGCACACUCCCCCCUUUAUGCCAGAGCGACUUUUCGUCACUCGAGUAUGUCAGCGACGAGUGGUUUGAGAAAAAAUCCGAUUUAAUAGUUCAGUAUGUCAGAGCACUCCCCGAGAGUGUUAUCGAGCCCGUUCUGGCAUUAAUCACACGUAUGCAUGCAACCUCUCAUUUUCGUGGAGAGGGACAAAAUCUCCUCAAAACCCUAGCGAUUCCAAGACUGACUAGGGUUGGGUGUUCGAAAGAGACGCUAACAAGGGUUUUAGCGAUGAUGGAUUUAGGAAUUAUUGUGGGCACAAAUGCAGCAAAAAUCAUCGAGAUUGCGUGGACAGUUGGAAUAGAGGAAGGCGUUUUGGCGACCUCAAAAGUCAAGGGUGAUCUCUUUGAGAAAAUCUCAAGUCAUCAGUUUGCGAACGAAAACGAAAAGGAGAGAGCUUUCUUGCAAGGAUUGAGAUGUGGAGAUUUGACAAUGGAAAGAAUCACGUCGUAUUUAAGCGAACUAAAUAACAAGAAAAAAGCAGAAGCGCCACGAGGAAGUUGGGAGGAGAAAAAAGACCUCAUCACCAAAAUCGAGCGUGUUGAAGAGGUCAUCCGCAUUGUCAUUUUACGAUACGGCUUUGGAAUUACUCCAUUUGUGAGUGAGUUUAUGAAUAUUAUUUUGGGGCAUUUAUCCCUCGCCAAUUUUAUUACAGUUGGCACGGUAGCCAUUAUUUUGAGUAAUUUGGAACUGUUGUAUGAUCAGGUAAAAGGAUCGUUGAAUGGGUAUGCAUCAUUGUUGUUGCCCUUAUUCCUUCAAUAUGUGCAAAACAAUAUUUCUAGUGAACAACACAUCCCAACGUUGCUUCAAGUAAAAAUACUCGCGACACAUAUCAAAGAAGAGGCCAUGCCGUUUAUUUCGAAGGAGGAUGUGGAAUGCCUUGGGAAGCUUUUAUCGUUAUUUGAUUGA